CCACCUGGUCUUGCAAGCCAAUGCCUCGGUAGAUUUUGUGUGUGUGGGGGGGUGGCCAUUUUUUGUCUGUGUUGGAAUAGGUAUACUGCCGCUUCUCUGGCUCAAGGGUCAACAUGUUAAUGCGGUCUUCCAUGGCCACUUUGGCUCAAGGCGUUCCUGCUGUUGACAGCCCACCAGGAUCUCAUCCAACAGCAAGUCUGGGGCCUGCCCCAAGUUUAUCACCAUGCCGCUGCGCCCUGUCUCUUUCGCGGCACUCCCGCUAGCAGUGUUCGGAGCUAGUGGCGCUCCAGGAUGCGGGUGCGCAGUGUCACAUUGCUGCGAAUGGACCCAGAACAAGUCAGAUUUCGUUGAAGCAGUGUUCAAUGCGGAUGGAGCGGGAAUGCGGGGCUACACCUUGGCGUCAGACGACGCGGGUGUGUCUCCGGCUUGCAGUUUUCUGAACCUUAUCCCCGGUGUGCACGACGAGGGGGGCAUCUGCUCGCAGCCUUCGCACAGUGCGGAGAACGCGACGGUCUGCGAGGCAAUCUCUGCGGACGAGCAGGCGGUGAGCCGGCUGCAGUCUGGCCGGUCCAUCCUGUCGGUCUUCGUGGAGCCCGGCGCGUGUGCGGGGCUCCAGGGUGGUGCGUGCUGGGAGUCGGAGGCCGGGCCCGCGUACUACGACUGGCGGAGCUUCGACGCGGGCGUUGGCGGCGGCUGGUGCACCGGGUCCGUGGCUGUCGCCGCGCCGGCACUCGCGUGGAUGGUGUCCUGUCCUGCGCGGUGCCAGGGCGACGGCCAGUGCGGACUGUUGAUCAGUGCCAAGUGGGUGGAUGGCAACGCCUCCGCGAGCGAGCCUGGAUUCGAUUCGUGCUCGGGCGAUUACUCUGGAGGCCUGCAGGCCACCAUUGGGGCGGAUGCCUGGACCGCCGGCUCGGAGGGCUCCCCCAGGUGGAGUUGCUUCGACGUCCCGCCCGGGCAGAUGGGCCCAGGCAGCUCCCGCGUUCUCGCAUACAGCAUCGGCGACCUGCCGUGUGUCGCCGCCCCAACGACAACAGGCAGCAGUGGCACGGCGACGACGACUGCAGAGUCCAGCAGCUGUACCCGCGUCGGUCCUGUCAUCCUGUUCCGAAUUUUCAUCGCUGCGCUGGCGGUGAGUCUUUGGGCGUGAGAUGACUGCAGAACGGCAUUCAUGCACAAGCAGUGCCACACGAGUACGUGCUACAGAGGUGAGUGCGUGUGCAGAGGUGAAUUCAGGACUUAAUGCAUUCCGUGCACUGCGUGGUAGCCAAGUUGCACAUCAAGCAAAUUACAGCGUAGGACCCUGCGUUCUCAGGAUGAGAACAAUCCUCGUGCAUUACAGAAGCCCCGCAGAAGUAACGGAUGUGCAUUA